GUUUUGAUCAGAAUUCAAAAUGGUGGUCGCCAAAGGAGAAGCUGCGAUUCCUGUAAUUGUUGUAACUAUAUUUUGGUUUGGUUUUGCCGCUGUAACGCCAUGGUUUGUUAAAGGACCAAACAAAAGCACUAUACGAACAAUGAUUGCUUUAACUGCCGUAUGUUGUUGGCUUUUCUGGCUUAUUGCGUAUAUGUCACAACUCAACCCAAUCAUUGGACCUACUUUAAAAAAUGAAACGUACAAUGCAAUAAAAAAUCAAUGGUAAUUGUGAAUAAACAGGAUUUGAAGAAACAUGAAAUGAACGAUGGCGCAAGUGUAAAAUCUGAUUGUUAAUAUAAUUUAGAACAAUCAAACUAAAAGAUGACCUACCUUAUACUAGCCAAUAAAUGUAUUUACAAUGUUAAAAGUAAUUCAUUAACUAUGAAGAAUAAUUUUAUAUUUGUGUAUUUCACAUAGCUUUAUCAUGUUUCACGUUACUCUUGCAAUAUCAUAAAAUCAUCCAUUGA